GCCUGUGGGGGAGGAACAAUUCUUUCGGUUGCACAGAGAAAGGGGGACACACAAAAAUGACGGACCGUUAUGGCGACGAAACGUUAUACAAAACAAGUGAAAGGCUUGCCUGAAGCCUCAGCAUCUGUCAGCAUUUGCACAUGUCAGCUCAGACCCACGAGCACAGCACUACAGCAAGGUGAUACAGAGACGGGCUGCAGGACGCACCGACAGGACCAGAGUCAGGAAUCAGCGCUAUGCUGCCCUCAGGGCUCUGCAGAAGGACGGCCAGUACUUCAGUGAAGAACAGAUGCGAAUGAGGGAGCCGCUGCUGUACGAACAGUAUAUUGGCCAGUACCUGACAGAUGAAGAGGUGCUACAACGCUCCCAGGAGGCCAUGCUGGAUAGUGCACAGGGGGGAGCCGGGGCAAGGUACAGGAGGACUUGCCAAUCUGCUCCUCAACUCCUACCAGGAACGACUCAUCCAAAAUCGUCUGCAGGAGGAGCAGGAGAAGGAAGACGGCGCACUGGAGGAAGAAGAGGAGGACGACGACUACGGUCAGUCAGAGUUCGGGUUGAAGAAAAAACUUCACACUGAAGAUGACAGAGACCAGCAGAAGGAAUGGGAGCCGACCCCGGAGGAGAAGGCUCUUCUCAGAGAGGAGUUCAUCAGUCAGAUGCACCAGCGUUUUCUAGAUGGCAAAGACAAGGAUUUCAACUAUAGGGAGGUGGAUGAGAAUCCAGACUAUGACAACUUGGACAUUGUCAACAGAGAUGCAGAGGAUAAAUAUUUUGAUGACGAUGAUGACGAAGAAGAGGAAGAGGAGGAAGAAAAUAUGACAGAAUAGUACCUGUGUUAUUAAUAACUGAAUGAACUGUAAAUAUAAAUGUACAAAAAGAGUUUCCAUUUUAGUUUGACACAUGAACACAAACAAAAGAUGUAAUAAACAUGUUUUUGGGUCUUUUGAAAA